UGAACGACUUUACAGAACAAGAGGCUAGAGCUGUGUAACCACAAAAACAAUAUUGUCUAAGUAAUAACUAAAGGCGAAAUAACAUUUUAUUAUAGUGACAACAUAGUUAAGAUAAAGGAGGAGAGGAGCAUCAUCUUGCAGUAAUGUUUCGGGGCUGUCCCGCCAACGUUCUCCGACCAUAAUGUGAGACGGAGAAAAAGGGGUUCUUGGACCGAGCAGCCAGCACAGUCAUAAUCUGGAUGACAAACAUUGUUCAGUGGUGAUUGUCACAUCGUCCAUGCUGGCUUCAUUUUAGCUAGCUGUAUGAUAUCCAUCCAUCACAAAGAAAGUCAUCUGACAGCAAGUAUUUCAUCGUCGAAACCCCGGGAGGGGAACCGCUGAGGAAGGAUGAAAUUCACGGAGCACCUUUCGGCGCACAUCACUCCUGAAUGGAGAAAACAAUACAUCCAGUAUGAGGCGUUCAAGGAUAUGCUGUAUUCUGCCCAGGACCAGGCCCCCUCUAUCGAAGUCACAGACGAGGACACAGUCAAGAGGUACUACGCCAAGUUUGAGGAGAAGUUCUUUCAGACGUGCGAGAAGGAGCUGGCCAAAAUCAACACAUUCUACUCAGAAAAGCUAGCCGAGGCCCAGCGUCGUUUCGCCACUCUGCAGAAUGAGCUGCAGUCUUCGCUGGAUGCCCAGCGGGAGAGCAGCAUGCAGGGCCUCCGUCGCCGCCGCAAGGCCGUCUUCCACCUGUCCCAGCAGGAGCGCUGCAAACAUCGCAACAUCAAAGACCUGCAGCUGGCCUUCUCAGAGUUCUACCUCAGCCUCAUCCUGCUGCAGAACUACCAGAAUCUGAACUUCACAGGUUUCCGUAAGAUCUUGAAGAAGCAUGAUAAGAUCCUGGAGACAUCGCGGGGAGCCGACUGGCGCGUGGCCCACGUGGAGGUGGCCCCCUUCUACACCUGCAAGAAGAUCACGCAGCUCAUCUCUGAGACUGAGGCCCUGGUAACACAAGAGUUGGAGGGAGGAGACAGACAGAAAGCCAUGAAGAGGCUACGAGUGCCCCCACUGGGUGCUGCACAGCCUGCUCCGGCGUGGACCACCUUUAGGGUCGGCUUGUACUGUGGAGUCUUCCUCGUCCUCAUGGUCACCGUCGUUAUCACAGCUGCGGUUGUGAUAGAAAAUGCCAACGUGUGGCCGCUAGUGAGGAUCUACCGCGGCGGCUUCCUGCUGAUCGAGUUCCUCUUCCUGCUGGGUAUCAACACGUACGGCUGGCGCCAGGCGGGGGUCAACCAUGUGCUCAUCUUCGAGCUCAACCCCCGCAACAACCUCUCCCACCAGCACCUCUUUGAGAUUGCUGGUUUCCUGGGGGUGCUGUGGUGUGUGAGCAUCCUGUCCUGUCUGUUCUCCAAGUCCAUCCUGGUGCCCAUGCAGGCCAACCCCCUCAUCCUCUACGGCUUCUUCUUCCUCUUCCUCAUCAACCCCUUCAAGACCUGCUACUACAAGUCACGCUUCUGGCUCCUCAAACUGCUGUUCCGUGUGGUGACAGCCCCGUUCCACAGGGUAGAGUUUGCAGACUUCUGGCUGGCUGACCAGCUCAACUCUCUAGGGGUGGUUCUGAUGGACCUGGAGUACCUCAUCUGUUUCUACAGCUUCGAGCUCGACUGGAAGCAACAGGACGGGCUACUGCGGGACAGUGGAGGUGUGUGUCACUCGUACUCGUACGGCGUGCGGGCAGUGAUCCAGUGUCUGCCGGCCUGGUUCCGCUUUGUGCAGUGCCUGCGGCGUUACCGCGACUCCAAACGGGCCUUCCCUCACCUGGUCAACGCAGGGAAAUACUCCACCACCUUCUUCGUUGUCACCUUCGCUGCACUCUACAGCACCCACAAAGCUGAGGGUCAUGAUGACGCCAAGAUCUUCUUCUACCUGCUGAUUGGCUGUUCAUUAGUCAGUUCUUGUUACACCCUGGUGUGGGACCUGAAGAUGGACUGGGGCCUGUUUGACCGCAAUGCAGGAGAUAACACCAUACUCAGAGAGGAGAUCGUCUACCCCCAGAAAGCCUACUACUACUGUGCCAUACUGGAGGAUGUGCUGCUGCGUUUUGCCUGGACGAUACCCCUCUCCCUGAGCACGGUCAGUGGGAUACCCUCAGCUGCAGACAUUAUGGCCACCAUCCUAGCCCCUCUGGAGGUCUUCAGGCGUUUUGUCUGGAACUUCUUCCGUCUGGAGAACGAGCACCUGAAUAACUGUGGUGAGUUCCGAGCGGUGAGGGACAUCUCAGUGGCUCCACUGAACGCUGACGACCAGACGCUGCUGGAGCAGAUGAUGGACCAGGAGGACGGAGUCAGGAACCGCCUGGGCAAGAAAAACUGGAAACGCUCCUACAGCAUGUCCCUGAGAAGGCCGCGCCUCACUUCCCAGACCAAGACCCGGGACACCAAAGUUCUCAUGGAGGACACAGACGAUGACACCUGACAUCAGGCCAGACCCAUUGCAUCCAUAGCAUGGGUUCAGAACCUCUUUAAAGGACCACGUCCCUCCUAGGGGCACGCCCCCCUGACCCCCCUCCUCCCCAUCAAUCAGUCGAUCGAUCGUUUGAUGACCUGCCCCCUCAUCAGUCCAUCACAGAGCUGCCUAUCUGCAUCAACACACAUGCACACAGAGUACAAAGACAUGAAUAUAGGCAUAUACAGAAGAUGACAAUUUGAGACAAAUAUCACACGCACACACCUUGGAACAGCUAAUUUUAAGCCACUUUGUUUUGUUACUUUCAUGGACCAUUUAGUGCUGAGUUGACGUCACCCGUUAUUUUUUUGAUUUCAUGGGGCAGAGACGAAACACCAAGACUGUAAAUGUUGAUGUAAAUAUCAGAUGGCUAAUCAGAAAUGAUCUAAUAUAAAAAAGACUUUGAGAGCGUUGGACUAUGAACAGUGAUCAGACACUCCUCUGCAAUCAGUCUGGUCCAAGACUUUCUUUGACUUUCUAAUUACCUUUUUUGAUGAACAUGAUGAUGAAGAUGACUGUAUUGAUGUGGCAGUCCUUUCCAGGUGCGAUAAGUUCUUCCACGAAUACCUUGGUUUUUAUUUUAUUAAAUUAAAUUGUUAUUUAUGUGAGGGGAGAGAUGCCUAAAACAUUUGGUAGUGAAAUGGGGGGGGGGUUCUGAUUUGAAAUGGCUGCUAAAGUGUCUGCCUAAUGUUGCCAAUAAGGACUGUUCCGAGAA